AUGUCUGACGGUUCGAGCACGCUCAACAUCCCGCAGCUACUCGUCCUCGCAGUCGUCAGCUUCCUGGUCUUUCGCUGGUAUAACUCCAGCUCUUCAAGCCCCGCUAGGGCCUCCGCCAGCCGCAAUGCAGGCCCCCGUGUGAAUCCAGCUGCCGUGGAGCAGAUAGUGCAGAUGUUUCCACAGUUGGACCGGAGGCAUAUCGCCUGGGAUCUACAGAGGAACGGCUCGAACGUGGCUGGCACUACAGAAAGGAUCUUGAGUGGGAGGGGUUUGGAAGUGCCCCCUCCGUCAUUCCAACCCCAGCUGCCGCAGAUCUCCCCACGACCAACCACUACAAACUCAACACCCGCGAAACCCACGCAUCCAGAUUUGAUCACAAGAUACAACCUCUCCUCCAAAAUCAAUUCUUCAAGCACUGAAACCCCGCAAACCGGCGGAGAUGCUACACAGAAAACGACCUGGUCACAGAACAAGAAUGAGCGGCAACAAAUACUGCAGCGUCGUCGCGAGGAAAUGAUUCUGGCGGCGAGGAGGAAAAUGGAAGAGAAAGACAAAGCGAAAGCAGCAUCGACGUCAUAG